AGUCCCAGAUCCCAGCUUGCCAGCUCAUCGUGCCACAAGGCGACAAAGAAAUCUAGCCCGUUGGUCUCAUCAACGAGCAACCAGCCAACGUCCGAGAUCCAAACAGUGGCCAGCAGGCACCGGCCAAAACGAAGAAGUCCACCGCUUGGCUCGCGGGAAUCCACGACAACCACAGGAAAAAGGAGACGACCGCGCCGGCGCCGCCCAUUAAUUUCUCCCCUUCUAUCCGCGAUCACCUCUCCUCGCUGCCGCGGCAUCUUCUUCUGGGUCCUGGCCCGUCCUCGUCGCACCAUUCCAUGGCCGAUUCAGCCGCGCUCUCCACCUCCCUCCCCCGCUCUCUGGCGUCCAGGAGGCCCCUCUCGUCGCCUCUCCACGCCAGAGCCCGGGCCCGCUCCCAGCGCCGCUGCCGGCUCGGAUCGCGCUCGCUCCACCGGUUGCGUGCUCGGGCGGGAAAGGACGACCCGGAGGACCUCUACGGGCCCUACCCCUGGGACCAGCCCUUGGAUCUCACCGCUGGGUCCGACAUUCAAUGGGUGCCUGAAGACAGAGUCACGCUAUUCACUUCUGAUGGGCUGAUCCAGAUUGGGGGUUCCUUGGUUCCUCGUCGAGUUUCUGCUUCUGAGAAGAGGCAACGGAAACUGAAGAGUGGACAAAAGUUGCGCCGGUUUCAGGAGAGCUCUUACAUGGAUCCAAAUCAAAGUCUUUGCCUUGGAGCACUAUUUAACAUAGCAGCAACAAAUGGCCUAGACAUGGGCAGAAGAUUAUGCAUCUUUGGCUUUUGCCGUUCUAUUGAAAUGUUAAGCGAUGUAGUGGAAGAUACGGUAUUGGAGCAUGGCGGUGAGGUUGUCACUGCAGAGAAGGCAAGCAGUAACGGCCUCCAGGAGAAGCUAACCAUGUCUGUUGCAGUACCAUUGCUGUGGGGCGUUCCUCCAGCAUCAGAGACCCUCCAUGUCGCGGUGCGGAGCGGUGGAGGUAUUGUCGAUAAGAUCUAUUGGCAGUGGGACUUAUUCUAGAUGUCCAGCAUUAACAAAAUUGGUUCCAAGAUGUAUAUGUCUCUCUAAUUUUCUGCACGCGUUGUGCAGCAACUGUAAACUUAGUCUCUACCUGUACAGACCCGGUCACCCUUGUGCAUAUAUAUAAAAGAACUUUGGGAUCACAACUUAA